CUUUGUCUUGUAAGUUGGUGUAUUAGUUGAAAACCUUGAUGAUUGCUUUGAAACUGCAAUACCCAUUCGAGUUACUUAGGUUUUGUGCUUGAGAGUUGGAGAAAGUGUGGUGCAAUUGUUCGCGGUGAGACCUAGUUUGUUAUGCUGUACUGUAUUGUCAUGUGGGAUCUGAUGUUUGGGUGCUGGCAUUCAUACCUAUUGUGGCUGAAUUUCAUUUGGCCUAAACAGAUUGAACGACUUGCUGUGAUGAUACGGAAGAGUAAGCACCUAGUGGUGUUCACAGGUGCUGGAAUAUCAACUUCUUGUGGUAUACCUGAUUUUCGAGGUCCAAAGGGUAUAUGGACACUUCAGCGUGAAGGCAAAGCCUUGCCACAAGCAUCACUGCCAUUUCAUCGUGCAAUGCCAAGCAUGACUCAUAUGGCUUUGGUUGAACUAGAGAAAGCUGGUUUCCUAAAGUUUGUCAUUAGUCAGAAUAUUGAUGGCCUCCAUCUUCGUUCUGGAAUACCAAGGGAUAAGCUUGCUGAAUUGCAUGGGAACUCCUUCAUGGAAAUUUGUUCUUCCUGUGGAAUUGAGUACUUGCGGGAUUUUGAGGUGGAAACUAUUGGAUUGAAGGAGACAUCACGACGUUGUUCCAAUGUAGACUGUGGAGCGAAACUCAGGGAUACAGUUCUUGAUUGGGAGGAUGCGUUGCCUCCAAAGGAGAUGAAUCCAGCAGAGAAGCACUGCAGAAUGGCUGAUGUUGUAUUGUGCCUUGGGACAAGUUUGCAGAUCACUCCUGCAUGCAACCUCCCUCUAAAAUCCCUCCGUGGUGGGGGGAAGAUUGUAAUUGUGAAUCUUCAGGAAACUCCAAAGGACAAGAAAGCAAGUUUGGUGAUUCAUGGGUUUGUAGAUAAGGUAAUUGCAGGUGUCAUGGACCGACUUAAUAUGCGGAUUCCUCCAUUUGUUCGAAUUGAUCUUUUCCAAGUCAUUCUAACUCAUACCCUGAGUUCAGAUAAAAGAUUUGUGAAUUGGAUCCUCAGAGUAGCAAGUGUACAUGGACAGAAAGCCCCAUUACCAUUUAUCAAAUAUGUUGAGGUUUCCUUUUUAGAUGGGCAAAAUUAUAAAGAAGCUGUCCUGCAUAAGCAACCAUUUCAGCUAAAGAGGAGAACAGUGAAAACCAAAAUAUUUGAAGUGCUUUUGAAACUCAACUUCAGUGAUGGUUGUGGGUGUCUGUCCUCUCAAAUUAAAGUCCCAAUUGAUUUCAAGGUUUCGACAGACUGUUUUAACUAUGAUAAAGAUGCCAUCCUCCAAAAGCUGAGAGAUACAGCAACCGGGGAUCCAUGCUGUGGACGGCAUGAAGUCAUAGAGAAAAAGCCCAUCCCAGAUCCUAGAAGUGAAGCGACCGUUUAUGCCAUUGUAACCAAUGUCUUGCAGUACAACAAGACUGCACCUGAAAGUAAUGGUAGUGUGAUGAAAGGUCGACUUGGGGGUUUGAAUGGUAUUGAAACAUCUUGGAAGCGAUCAAGAAGUGGUAAGAGGAAGCCUAGAUCAUAGAGAUGGAACAACUUCUUUUGGCUGUGUAUAUAUAUGUUAUUAGAAUUUUCGGUUAGCUUAUAUCUGUGUAGGGACUGGGUGAAUUUUGUUAGAUUGUACACCCAGUCUCCCUAGCUAUGGAUAGGAAAGAUGGGAAGAUUGUAUUGCCAUGAGUCUGUCUAAGACACGAGCUUAUUUUUUGAACUUGUUCAAUCCAAAAUCUUGUGUUCUAUCUCCCAGCA